AUGAACCUCCAGAGCCUAGACAGUGACUUCCUGGAUUCUUAUGCAAGUUUCGAGAAAUAUCCAAGGAAGCUAGUGCUGAAGGAUGUAUACGGCGCUUCGAGGCUCAGAUCGGUUCGCAACCGGCUUCAAGAUCGGCAAGCAAACCUUUUUGUGGAAGAAGACAGCACGUUACUGGCAGUGAAAGACAUCCACUCGACCCAAGCAGGAUUCUGGGAAGUGUGGCCACUAGAAAAGAUCCAGUAUGCCGAUUUGUUUUCACCUAACUUCUUCGACUUCCUCGACGUCUACGGAUCACCGACUGCUGACGACAGAGAACUGCGUUUCAAUGGCUUUAAAUCAGAGAUAUGUUUAUCCAACCCAGCACCAGGUGCCAUCCUACCUGACUUAGGGAGAAGCGGACGAUGCUUUCAGUUAAGCUACAAUCUCAAGACCGUCGCGCUCAAAGACAAAAGCUCGACAGGCACAGUCCCCAGCUCAUGGAAGAUACGCCAAGCGGCUAUACACCACCAAUUUGACGUGGGAAGUGGGACUGAGCUAUGGAUCUACGGCGAUCCUCAUGGGUCUAUGAAAGACAGGAUCGCUGAGAUCGUUCUAAACAUACACAUACAGGCAGCUAGAUGGUCUACCGAAGGAUGGAGACAAUAUAUCUUGUCCCUUGAGGACACGGUCGAGAGAUUGACAUCGCACUUCAUACUUAUGAAGAGCAGCCGAGAGUCGCGACUUGAGACUGACGAUCUGUUCCGAGUGCAAGAGUGUGAGGACAAGAUCAAUGAAUGCGUCAUGACUCUCGAGUCUGUGGCCAAUAACCUCGAGGCCCUUAUCAAUUUCUACACAGAAUUAGUGGAAGACGAAUCUUUCCCUGCAUCGGAGAAACGGACGUGCAAACUUUCAGUCAAUAAAUUUGCCAAGCAGAUUGGUGAGCUCAUAUACGAUAUCAACAUGCAGGCACGGCGUGCGACAGUGCUUGCCAAGAUUAAAGCUGAUCGCAAAGCCAUGUUCAUCCAGUUGCUUCAAGCUCAGGCUGCAAGUCGCGCUGAACAACUCUCAACAACAAUGUGGCGCCAGGCGGAAAGGACUUCCUACGAAGCUAUUGCUAUGCGUGUCAUCACAGUCAUAACAUUGCUUUACUUACCGCCAACUUUUGUAUCAACCUUGUUUAGCACGGACAUAGUCAAGUAUCAGGGCGAAAAUGGUGACGCUGGACAAGACCUUUUUUCGUCUCUAGCACUAGAGAGAUUCCUUGAAGUAUCAUUGCCGUUGAUGCUAUUGACCCUCGCGGUGGCAUUCGGAUGGAUGUGGUAUGAGAGAAGUAACGGCAAAAAGAAGGUUUCAAUGCUAGAGCUAGAGCACCCUGAUCUUUUCGGCAAAGUAAGCAUGUCGGAUUCAUGGUGA